AUGAAACAAGUGCUUCAAGCCCAACCGUUGGCAUUUCUACAUGAAAAUGUUCCUUCUUUUCCUAUUGGCGAGUUGGAGCGAAUCUUAGGCCGUGACUACAUCGUGGAAUCGGUGCAGUUGGACCCGACUGAUUGUGGGUUUCCUGUCCAGCGCAAAAGACAGUAUGCUUUGGCAGUGCACAGAUCCUGCAUGAAAUUCAGUGGCCUCAGCCGGUUCGUCAGCGAUUCGUGUGACUUGCUUGGACGCCUGAAUUUGGUUCUUGACGACUUUUUGCUCGACAGCUGUCCGAUGAGCAAAGCAGAUAUCCAACUGAGUUUGGCAAAAACUCAAAAAAAUUGGGUGCGGUAUUAUUUGAAGAAGUUUUCCAAUUCGUGUGUGAUCGAUUUGACCCAAAAUCCAGAGAAACGCCCUCGAAAAGGCAUUACAAAAAUGCCAACCUUGACCACUUCUUGUUCCAAAAUGCUCCAUGUGCAGUCUGGAAGGUUCUUCGUUGGCAUGGAGUUGGCAUUGUUGCAUGGCAUGCCGGUCACUGACAGCACGGCAAAACAACUCCGUGUGAACACAUUCAAUGUGAAUGUCGACACGGUGAGCAAUGUUGCCCUGUGUGCACGGGUCGGCAAUUCGAUGCACUGUGCAUCUGUUGGCAUGGUGCUAGCUGCAGUGCUGACAUGCUUGCGGCCACACGAGAAGUGA